ACAAGUGCUUGACCCAUCGUCAGCGAGAAGCGGAGGUUCUUCAUUCGACAUCUACGGCGCCAUCUUAUUGCUUUGAGCGAGGUAGACCGAGACAAAUAGACAAGGUUCAUCAUCAUUGGUAAUUAUGAGCGGAGCUAAAGCUCGCAUCGACCCGCCUGUUGCUGCUGAGAAUGUCUCGAUCACCGGGCACAGUUCCGCGGCUGCUGCGCGGGAGCGCAAGCCAGGUGGAGGGGUUCUGAAGAGACUCAAGUCUCGGCAAAGCCAGGUGGAUAGUAGGCCCGUCACAGAAGAUGAUCUUCGAACACAAGUUGGCCACAUCACCCCUGAAGAGGUCCUACGAUUGCCGGUUGCUACUCGGGGGUACCUGUGUAAACCAGAGGACAACAUCUUCGACAUAGAUUUUAUCCGCUUUAAAAUCAGAGACUUGGAGACAGGGACUGUGUUGUUUGAAAUUGCCAAACCACCUCAUACGGAGGAAGAUGAGGAGAAUGGAGAGGGAGACAUGAGUGCCGGGCGUUUUGUAUGCUACCAGUUCACCACUGCAUUCCUACGACUGAGGACUGUGGGAGCCACAGUGGAGUUUACGGUUGGUGCCCGCCCUCUGAACAGCUUCAGGAUGAUUGAAAGGCACUACUUCAGGGAUCACCUCCUGAAGAGCUUUGACUUUGACUUCGGCUUCUGUAUCCCCAACAGCCGCAACACCUGCGAACACAUCUACGAGUUCCCUCAGCUGUCUGAGAGCUUGGUUCAUCAGAUGGUGGAGCAUCCCUACGAGACGAAGUCGGACAGCUUCUACUUCGUAGACAACAGACUGGUCAUGCACAACAAGGCAGACUACUCUUAUAGCGGGGGCAGGCGUUGAGUGUGUUAUGUGCGUGUGUGUAUGUUUGUGUGUGUGCUGUGCCAAAGCGUUUACUCACACAAACAGACUCUCACCCAAGUGUUGAGUACUGUAAGUUAAACAAACUCUAUUGUCAUGGCAUAGCUGUAUGGAAAAGCAUGGAAAAGUUUAAGAACAGCAGGACAGAUCCACAUUAGGGCCAUAUAAACUACUGGCAGUGGUAUGGCAACAUUCUGCCAUAUAGACUACUGGCAGUAGUAUGGCAACAUUCUGCCAUAUAGACUACUGGCAGUUGUAUGGCAACAUUCUGCCAUAUAGACUACUGGCAGUUGUAUGGCAACAUUCUGCCAUAUAGACUACUGGCAGUUGAAUGGCAACAUUCUGCCAUAUAGACUACUGGCAGUUGUAUGGCAACAUUCUGCCAUAUAGACUACUGGCAGUAGUAUGGCAACAUUCUGCCAUAUAGUGCUUUGUCUUUCUCCCACCAAAAAUGAAAUGUGUCUCAGCUAACCAAGUGAUUUAUGUUAGUGUGUAAAAGGACAGUUAAUGUACUGUCAUACUCAUGAAGGACCAGACAAUGCCCACAUACAUACAGACAGGCAGACUGACAGGCAGAUAGGCAGACAGACGUAGAAACAAUCUCCCUCGCUCUCUCCUUCCCUAUCCCUCUCUCUCUAUUUCUCUCUCUGUCGUUACCUGCUGUGCCCACCCGCCACUCUAUUUCUCUCUCUGUCUUUACC